AUGCCUGUCAAACCAGUCUAUAAACUAACAUGCAAGCAUUGUCACACCAUUGUAUGCUCACGUGGAAUGAAAGCAAUCUUACUGGCCGACGCUUCCGUGCAGCUUUUCAGCACCGACACUCCAUCACCAUCCGUAUAUCUACUUGACAAGGACUAUCUGACACGAACUUGUCAUUGUCGCAUUCGCGAUGUUUCUUGUACACUGUGUGGUAAUAUCAUUGGAUAUCAUGUCGUAUCGCCAUGCCAUCAGUGUCUCAAAUCGAGCAACAAUGGUCAUUUCUGGAUGUUUCAUUCACAAGCGUGCGACUCUAUUGAACGUUUGACCGCCACUGGCAAAGAGCUUCUUAUAUGGAACAACUUGCCCGGCCCAGAAAAGGACAUCGAGUUCUUGAUGAGCGGCACUUUGCCAUAUGACCAGAUAUGUCGGUAA